UUUUUCUUUUUUUUUUCAGGAAAUUUUACAAAUUUAAAUUUUGAAAUUUUAAAGAAUUUGACUUCAGUAUGGCGGUGAAUGUGAACAUCCAAAACGAGGUUGUUGAAAUUUAAGUAUAAAAAUAUUAAGCGAAUUUUUGGUGGAAAGGUUUGGGGAAAAGUUGUUAUGGGGUUAGAAGUUGUACUGAAAUAAUAGUUCAGUUUGAGUGCCCCAUUUUUCUCUCAAUUUUUAGGCGUCUAAUUUAGGGUUGCCGUUUUCGUUAGAGCCGACGUUUGGUGCAUUUUUUCGACUUGGGUUUUUUCGGUUCGUUUUCGAGCUGGAAGGCCUUGGCUUGCUCGAUCUUUCGAGUUUCGGUUCAAGCGCGCUGGCAACCCUAGUCUUAUUGCUAGUUUAUCUCACUUAUUCCGUUUUAAAAUAAGGGGGAUCUAAAGAAAAAAAUAAACUAUUACCAUGAUUUUUUUUCAGCUUGCAAUAAUCAAGCAAGAUGCAAUGCUGGUUCGUAAUGCAGUCAUCUUGCUGGAGAACGAAAAGGAAAGUUUGCGUAAGGCUAUUCGCAAGUUGAAGCUUGAAAAUGGCCGUAUGAAGUUUAAAAUUAAAACUUUAAAUGAAAAAGUUGGCAAAUUGACAAAUGAAAAGCUUGUUGAUGUUGACGAUGGGCGAGCUCCGGAAUCUGAAUAUGACUAUGACGAUCUUAAUCGAGACUUUUAUUUGAUUGGAGGAAUACAUGACCCAUUAAGUCUUCGUUUUGAAGUUACUAUUAGAGACAAGGAAGGUAUUGAACAUAAAUCUGCUGAGCGUUUUUAUUGGUAUAAAAUGGCUGAGAAAUUUGGGGAUGAGGAAUGUAAGAAGAAAUUGAUGCAAGCACCAAAUGUUCAGACCGCUGAGGAAGCUGUUAAGAAUAUUCAAAAGUUUGACAGCAAAGUUUGGGAUGAGGUCAAACAUGACAUUUGGGAAGAAGGACAGCGUUUAAAACUUGACCAAGUUCGUUGGAUAUGUAAUCUUCUUGUGCUUACAAAGACGACUUAUUUGGCUGUAGCUUCGGAGGAUAAGUUUUUCGGCACUGGUUGGCGUAAAAACCGUGACGAGUCUAACAAGCCAGUUUUUUGGGAUGGUGAGAAUGAAGGAGGGAAAAUUUUGAUGAAUUUGCGUCAUGAGUUGAAGAAGACACAUCAAUUUAAUGGACCACAGGAGGAAGAGGAAACCAAUACAAAACUUCGUGAAAUGAUGCGUUAUGUUUGGCGUCGUAUAGAUCCAACAAAGCGUAAUAUGGCUUUAGGUGGACGUGGUUUGUCUUCUGGUGGACUUCGUGGUGUUGGACGUAUUGGUGGUGGGGGAGGAGGAGGAGGAAAUCGUUCUGGAGGUAAAGGUCAACGUCAAUAG